UUUCUUUUGUCGUGUUCAGGUCAUUUCCGGUCAUUUCUGCUCCUUUACCGGCUCGGCUCCCUCGUCAGCCCAGCCAUUCACUUUUUGGAAGACACUUCGUAAACUAGCAAGAUGGCGGAAGCAAUGCGGCAGCAAGUGGCGAAUAUGCUUAAGGGUAUCGAAAGAUACAACCCAGAGAAUCUGCCAACAUUAGAGCGAUAUGUGGGUAUGCAAUCUCAGGAAAACGCAUAUGACCUGGAAGCCAACCUUGCUGUUCUCAAGUUAUACCAGUUCAAUCCACAUAAAUAUAAUAAGGAUAUCACCUGUAAAAUUUUGCUGAAAGCUCUUACUAACUUCCCACACACAGAUUUCAUUCUGUGUCGUUGUCUUCUCAGCGAAAAACAGUGUGCUGAGAAACCUGUGGACCAAAUUAUCUACUUAGCUGAUAUUUUGGAAAGGUGUGACUUCCAAGCCUUCUGGAAUCGCAUUUUGGGAAUGACUGAUUUGUCCCUGCAGAUAGUUGGUUUUGCUGACUCCAUUCGGAAAUUUGUUUGCCAUGUAGUAGGCAUCACUUUCCAAACAGUUGAAAAACCACUCUUAUCAGAAUUAUUAGGUGGUGUUGAUGCCCAAACCCUGAGUCAUUGGAUCAAAAAAUACGGCUGGAAGGAAGAUGGGCAAAUGGUUUUUAUUGCUAACCAGGAUGAAAACAUCAAAACCAAAAAUAUCACUGAAAAAAUUGAUUUUGAAAGUGUGGCUGCUCUCAUGGCAGCAUGCCAACGUUAAACCGGGACAGAUCAGCUUAUGUUCAAACCCAUUUUUUCAACAUAUUUUAUUUGUCAGUUCCCUGUUUUCUCAUACCUCAAUCAGAAUUAUUAAACUAAAUUUCCAAAGUUGCCAA